AUGAUGCAGCCGGGCUUCGCGCGCGGCUGUGCCUCUGGCGCCGGGCUCGCCACGGCCUGCGCGCUCGUCCUGGCCUUCCUCGCGUGGCGACAGCUGCCCGCCCAGCCCGGCCAAACCGGCGGCUCGUGGGGCUCGAAUGGCAUCAGCGAAUCGUCGUCGGGUGCACUCUUCCGCGCCGUAAAGGUGCGUUCGUACCAGGGUCCGCGGCGCUUCGCGGACUGGCGGCCGAGGCCGGAUGCCAAGAAGGGAGCGCCGUCAAAGGAGUGCAGGCAGUGGGCGGUGGUCACCUCGAUCUUCCCGCCGACACAGACGGUGCGGCAGCUCGCCGCUCUACCAUCGUGGUGCGUGGUCGUGGCGGGCGACAAGAAGGGCCCCGUCGAGUACAACCUCUCUGGCGAGGCGCUCCCCUUCGAGUCCAAGGCGGAGCUGCGCUGGAACCACUUUGGCCGCAAGAACCUCGGCUUCCUCUAUGCGAUCCAGCACGGCGCCCGCUGGGUGUACGACACCGACGACGACAACGAGCUCCUCUUCCCGGGCCCGCGCGCGAUCCCGAUCCCGCCGCCCGACGCGCUCGCCGACGAGGCGCACCUCCCCUGGCGCACCUGGCCGCGCGGCUUCCCGCUCGAGUCCAUCAAGGACAACGCAACCACGCGCGCCUGGCCCUCGCGCCGCAUCGGCGUCUUCCAGUCCCUCGCGAACCACGACCCCGACGGCAGCAUGAUGCCGUACAACGCCCAGGCGACGCUGCACGCGCAGCGCGCCCUCUGGUCGCUCCUGCUCCCGUGCUCCGUGCACGGGCGGGUGACCGACAUCUGGCGCGCCUACUUCGCGCAGCGGCUGCUCUGGGACGUCGGGCUGCGGCUCGCCUUCUCGCCGCCGUGGGUGGUCCAGUUCCGCAACGCGCACAACUACCUCGCCGACUUCAACUCGGAGGUGCCUCUCUAUCAGCAGGCGGGCGCGCUGGUCGGGGCGCUGCUCCGCUGGCAGCCGGCGGCGAGGACGCUGCCCGGCCGCUUCGAGGAGCUCUACGUCCACAUGUACGAGCUCGGCAUCGUCGGCCUCUCCGACGUGCGGCUGGCCCAGGCUUGGCUCGCCGACCUCGACCGCAUCGGCUACCCCUUCCCGCCGAUCCUCGACCGGCCUCCGCGGGCGGUCAAGCCGGCGAGGAGCGGCGGGGUGCGAGAGAGGCAUGGAGAGAGGAGGGCCGCGACGAGUGGCGCCGGCCAGGCUACGUAG